CUUUUGACGUUAUCGCCAACGUUGACGGUGUCAAGUUAUGACACAAGCGCUGUACUACUAAUAUGGCUACGCGUUCAGUGUUCUUGCAGUGUGUUGCAGUCUCCGCUGUGACAUUCGUUCGGUUUUAGGUGAUAUUAAUCGCUAGUUUCGCGUAUUAUCGGCGACGGGGUAACGCGAGGGGGAGAUGUCGUCGUCCAGCAAGUGGAAUUUGUCACGGGACGACAUACAAACGGCAGCGAAGGAUGAAAAGGAACUGCUGCUGGAACACGACAGCGACCCGGACGAGAACAUGCUGUUCAAUCGACCCAGUACGUCCUCGAUGGAGACAAGUACAUCCAAGGGAGAUGGAAAAAUGGACAGCGUCCGGCUGCAAAUCCAAGAAGUGACGGACGUGAUGCGCGAUAACGUGCAGAAGGUGAUCGAGAGAGGCGAGAGGCUCGAGGAUCUACAGGAGGCCAGCGAUCGUUUGAACGUCGCCGGGGGCGAGUUCAGGGCGGCGGCGAAAAGGGCGCAGCAAAGAGCGUGGCUGCAGAACUUCAAAACGAGAAUUAUCAUAAUCGCCGUCACGGUGACGGUCGUCGUUUGCAUCAUCGUUCUGGACAUCACGGUGCUUUACCUGGUUCUCAGAUAGCGAACACGGUGUAGCAAGCUUCGAACGUUCGAUACCAGUAUCCAUCGUCGUGAAAUAUUCGUGAUCGAGGCUCCCUCCAGACUGAUAUCCAAUUCUUUGCGAGCCUACGUUGUAUAUUUGUACCUGUCUUUCAUGGAUUAUUCACGUGUAUUAUAACCGUACGUUUAUAUAAAUACAUAUCUCGUUAUUUUUAAUCGUAUCGCGUUUUACGUGCUCUUUAUUUUUCUCCA